GAAUUCUUCUUAAAAACAUUUUUGUUACACGUGCUCUUCCUCACGCGUGCAAUUUCAUCUCAGCCCCGUCACCUCUAAAACCCAAAACCCGAACUGCCUUUUAACUCUGCUCCUCAUUAGCGAACGACGCUGCUGAGGAAACGCCCGGAAACCAAGUCCGAGGAAUUCGAGAUCUUGACUAAAUCAGAUUGGAGUUCUGAAAUUUUGUUUAUUUUCUUUCCUAGAUGAGUGGAGGAGAUCUGGAGUAUCAGCAUUUUCUUAACUAGAGAGCAUUUUGACGUGGAUUGGCACAAUUGAAGGUGGAAAAGGAACUAUAUAUGAGGCAUUUUCAUACAAACUUUCCCUGUAAUUUCCAUUGGACUACCCUUUCAAGCCACCUCAAGUCAGGUUUGAAACUAUGUGCUUCCAUCCAAAUGUUGAUCAGGUGGGAACGUUUGCCUCAGUAUUCUUCAGCUCAAGAGCUAGGAAGGAUCUCUGUGGCUCCCUGUGCUCCUAGAGAAUUAGUUCUCUUCAAUAUCAUUCAAGCAGACUUCAAAAGAAAACCUUCUCAUCAAUAAGUAGAAAUUUGGGGAUUUGGUACAUGCAAAUGAAGAGGGGGCUCGUAAAGGAAGUUGUCCAGUUAGUCUCUUUGGUGUGAAGGGAAUUGGAUGUACACUAGAAGGCAAAAAUUUUGAAAGGAAGAGUAGGGAGAUAGGAAUCAUCAAAUUUUCUUAGAGAAAUUUAACUUGCACAUAAGGAAUGGGACCUUGAGGACUACUACAUGAAAGAAUCUAGCAGGAGCACCGAGGACCUUGGCU